AUGGCCGACAAGUUCCCCUCUGUCGAGGACCUCGAUUCUGGUCUGAUUGGAGACUCUACCGCCGACAACAACGUCGACACUACUCAACUGGACGACUCCGACUUCCUGGCCCGUGAGCGCGCUCUCCUUGGUGAUGAUGCCGACCAAUUCGCUACUCCCGCCGACAACGCUGCCACUGUUGAAGAUGACGACGAUCUCUUGGGUGGAGGCCAAUCCAGCCAGCCUCCUGCCGAUUACGACAUGGGUGGUUUCGAAUCCAGCUUCCCAGCUAUCGACACAUCAAACGAGGGUGUAGCACCCGGCGGCACAAUCACCGGCUCCACACUACCAUACCAGCCCAAAUCCAACCAAGCUUCCUACGAAGACGAAUCCGAACCCGACGUCAUCCGCGAAUGGCGCGAGCGCAGAGACAUGGCCAUCCAACACAGAGACGAGGUUUCCCAGUCCAAGAAGGAAGAGACUGUCAAGGCCGCUCACCAAGCCAUCGACGACUUUUACGAAAACUACAACAACAAGAAGGACAAGACUGUUUCUCAGACCCGCAAGGAGGCCGAAGAGUUCCUCAAGUCUAGAGAGGACACCACCGCCGGAGGUACCAGCUGGGACAGAGUUUCCAAGCUUGUUGAUCUCAGCGGCAAGGGCGUUAGCGGCGGUGCUCAGGGUUCGGCAAAGGGCAAGUUCAGAGAGUUGUUGCUCAACCUGCGCAAGGACGAGAAGGCCCCUGGCGCCAGUGGUUACUAA